AUGGUGGUCACGAGCAGUGUAGAAGUUCAAGUGGUUUACGAUCCUAGAGCUGGUGUAAAAGGACUAGUUGAUGCAGGAGUAAAGCAACUGCCCAUCAUGUUUGUCCAUGAUUUUAAAAAUCCAGAAGACAAGCCUGGUGCUAAGAAGUCUCAGCUUUCCAUCCCUAUCAUAGAUAUUGCAGGCGCCAACCAAGAUGCAGCUUCGCUGACGCGCGUCAUCAUUAACAUUCUAGAUGCAGGCGAGAGAUGGGGAUUCUUUCAAGUGGUUAAUCAUGGAAUUCCAGUUAAUGUCAUGGACAAUAUGAUCAACGCAGUACGUAAGUUUUUUGAACAAGAUGUAGAAAAUAAAGCAAAAUACUGCAGUCAGAAUGUGAAGAAUAUAUUCAGAUAUAAUAGCGUGCCAUCUGAUGGGUCUCGACUAAGGGGUAUUGGCUGGAGCGACAGUAUUGUUUCCUCACUAGAUCCUCUUCCACAAAACUUUGAAGCACUACCUCUGGAGUUCAGAGAUCCCAUGAUGGAAUACACAAGCCAUCUCAAGAUAUUAGGCAGUACAUUAUAUGGCUUGGUCUCACAAGGUUUGGGACUUAAAGCAAGCCAUUUGGAAGACAUAGGCUGCGCUGACGGGCUUGCUUUCGUUGGUCACUAUUACCCACCUUGUCCGGAACCCGAAAAAACUCUAGGGAGUCUGAGCCAUACAGAUAUUGCAUUCCUGAAUAUAAUCCUACAAGAUCAAGUAGGUGGUCUUCAAGUACUUCACCAUGGUGAAUGGGUUGAUGUGACUCCCUUGCCUGGAGCUCUAGUAGUAACCCUUGGAGAUAUGAUGCAGCUAAUAACAAAUGGAAGAUUCAAGAGUGCGGACCAUAGGGUAGUGUCAAAAAGGUUGGGUCCUAGAACUUCAGUGGCAAGCUUUCUGGGACCUCAGUACAGCGAAGCAUAUGAAUCACGAAUAUAUGGGCCGAUCAAUGAGUUGAUAUCAGAAGAAAAUCCCCCAGUUUACAUGGAAACAACUACGAAAGAAUAUGCAGAAUUCUACUACUCAAACCUCAUAAACAAGGAUGGGAUUUCCGCACUAGAACACUUCAAGAUGUGA